AUGUCAUUAUGGAUUGCGGCAUUCCUAAACUGCAGCGUCAUUAUUGGUGGUUUACUGGGAUAUGGUGUGAACCUACAUGGGCUGGAUGCAAAUGGCAAUGCACAAGAGCCCAUGCCGCUUGAAGAGUACCGUGAGAUGGCACAUGAGAAUCUGGAAAACAUCAGCUCGCAUUUUCCUCGGGUGGGUCACGAAGGCCACCUCGACUGUUACCGCCAGGCACUUGACGGAUUUAGUAGGUUCCAGUAG